ACCCUCAGCUCUUGCCGUAGUCGGAGCGAGCGUCAUGGCGACUAUCAUCUGACUCAAAACUUUUGACGUGACAAACUUUUUUGGACUGAUGUAUUUCACACUCCUGACAGCUGGUUUCAAGGCGGUCCGGCUUAUACGUUUUUUAACCGUAUCGGAAACCAGACGAAAAGAACCCAAAACAACGGUAUUCAAGAUGUGAACGUUUAUGCUGCAAACGUUGACCGGCGCAAACAUGCAUCGUUGAUAGCUAACUUAAGCUAAGCUAGCCACUCAACGAAGUUAGCUGAAAUUACUGUGUGUCGCGGGAUUUCAAACGUCAUACCGCACAGUUUAACGAUUGUAAUUCAUCAAAGUGCCUGUUUUUGGCUUUGGAUCGUUAGUUUUUUUCUAUAAAAAUGUGUCGUUUUCUACGCUACUGUGUCAGCCACUGCCUCCAUGCAGCGAUGACCCGGCUGGAGGAGGUCAACGGAGAGGUGAGCAUGUGGUCGUCGGUCCGGUGGCUGGGCUACUUGUCCGGUCUCAACCUGCUGGUCGCCCUGUGCCUGGGUCUCUAUGCCCGGUGGGAGAGGACCGCGGAGUCCACUCUUCUUGUCAUUUUAGUGUUGGCUCUGUUCGUCCUGGGGAUAGCGAGUAUACUGUACUACUACUACAGCAUGGAGAGGGUCAGCCUUAGCAUCCUCCACCUGUGGUACGGUUUCCUGCUGGGUCUGCUCUGCCUCCUCAGCAGCCCCGCGCUGGAGGGCGAUGUGAAGGAGCAGGCGGCCAACUACAUGCUGCUGGCCAGUGUGGUCCUGAGGACGCUGUGGGCGCUGCUGGAGAGACUACUGGGAUGUGCCAGGUACCAUCCCGCCUUACUCACCUCGGCAGAGCGGCUGGAGCUGGCGGGCUUCGCCGUCGCCAGCACGGCGCUGCUCAUCCAGAAGUCCCUGAGCGUGAUGGUGCUAGUGGUGGCGCUGGCCACGGUCAUGGUUGCCCUCCGGAUGAAGGCGGUCCUUGCUCUUCCCAACUUGGUCUGCUUCGCCGUCAUCACCGCGGUGUUGUUCUUCAAGUCCCUGAGCAUCACCACCAACCCGUUCGCCCUCGCCUGCUUCUUCAGCCAGCUCAUCUGCGACCCUCUGCUGGAUGUUUACUUCAGUGGGCUUUCUGUGACUGAGCGCUGGCAGCCUUUCCUGGUGUGGAGGGGCCUGUGGCGCCGGCUGUCUCUCCUGCCUCUGCUGGCGGUGGAGGUGACCUUCAUCAUCCUCGCCUCUCGGAAGCUGACAGACCUGGACCAGUGGUAUUUGAUGAUUCCUGGCUUUGUGGUGUGUGUGCUUUUCUGGUCCAUCUGCCACUUGGUGUUUGUCAUCACCGUCUGGGGCUUUCACACCAAACUCAGUGAUUGCCAGAGGCUGUGCAUUUGCCAGGGGUCAGGGCUCAGCGGACUGGACAAGGUCAUGGCCUCAAAGGGUAUGAGACACUUCAGCCUCAUCUCUGAACGCCUCGUGCUCUUCACGCUGGUGACGACUGUCGCUGUUGCUGCUCUUUGCUGGCAGGCCUCCAGCAGCAUCUUUGUGAGCAUGUUUCUGCUCGUGUUGCCUCUGGAGUCUCUGUUCCAUGGACUUUUCCAUGAGCUCGGCCACAGCCUAGGAGGAACCUCCGUGGGCUACGCAGUGGUAAUCCCCACCAACUACUGCAGCCCCGACGGUCAGCCCAUGCUGCUGCCUCCAGGCCAGGUGCAAGAGCUGAACAGACGGUCUACGGGCAUGUUGAACAACGUGCAGCGUUUCUUCGCCCACCACCUGAUUGAGGCUUUCGGCUGUGACUAUUCCACCAGCGGGGUGACUCUAGAGGCUCUGCAGGCCAAGAUCAAAUCCUUCUUGGAGCUCCGCACAGCAGACGGGCCUCGUCAUGACACCUAUGUGAUCUUCUACAGCGGUCACACCCACAGAACCGGAGAGUGGGCGCUGGCAGGAGGAGACACUCUUCGCCUGGAUCACAUCUUGGAUUGGUGGAGGGAGAAGAACGGCAGCUUCUCUUCACGCCUCAUUCUGGUGCUCGACUGCGACAACUCAUUACCGUGGGUGAAGGACAUCAGGAAGGUGGACGGUGUGUACGUGGCCGUGCAGGGAGCGACGCUCGCCAAAGUGACAGACGUGGAGCUGCAGGACCCCCCGCAGCUCGGAGACUUCACCUCUCAGUGGGUGGAGUACAACUGCAACUCAAACAGCGACAUCCAGUGGUCGGAGAGGGGCAGGGCGGUUUCUGCCACCUACGGCAUCUCCAGACACUGGGGUGACUACACGCUGCACCUGCCAACUGGAAGCGAUGUGACCAAUCACUGGAGCAUGUACUUUCCCCGGAUGACCUACCCAGUGGUCCAGUUGGCGCUGUGGUGCGGCAGCUUGAACCUGCUGUGGAUCUGCGGCGUCUGCCUGCGAUGUCUCAAGAGAGUCAAACUCAACUGGUUUCCACCAGCAAUACUGGACACCGGCCAAGGCUUCAAACUGGUCAGAUCUUAGAAAUAUAAACAUGGCUAUUUUUAUCUUUAGAAUAUAUUUUACACAGAAUAUUUUCUAAAAGUCACAAAUAAAUAGGCAGCUACUGGGUUACUAACCAUCGCUAACCAGAAUCCUUUUUAGUUACUGCAAAACAAAUCACUGAUUAGUGCAUUUAAAGUUGGUCCUAUGUCAGUUUUUAUACUUUUUGCAAAUUGUUUUUAGCUUUGAUUCAGAGAUCUUAACAUCCCUGUCAAACAUAAUUUGUGGGAUGAGACUGAGCACAUUUACACUAUUUUGCACAUUUUUGCAUUGUAUGUAUUGUUGGAUACAUUCGCAUGGUGGUGCCUUUUACCAUCAAAUCACCAAAGAACAUCACUCACUAGGACCUUUUUAACCUGAGACCAAAGAGGCUGUGGUACAUUUUUAGAAGAUCUCAGGCAUAAAUAAUCUUCUAAGCAGCCUGUUUCUAGAGUUUCUAAGUUUUUAUUAUUAUAUUUAGAUAGUGUAUUGAGUCCUCUUAUAUUUCACUAUGCAUUUUAUGCUCAGAGCUUUGAGUACAUUCUAUGCACUGCUUUGUGUCUGUUGCAAUGAUAUUUUCUAAUGCUUUUGGGGGUGAUUCUUAAAUCCACUCCAGCUGAUUCAGGGACUUCAGAAAGAGUUUUUUUUAACUGUACUGAUGAAUGCACUACAAGCAGAGAUGUGUGAGAACUGCAAUGUAUAUCUCACAGUAAACCCCAGAAUUUAAAUGCAUCAGCAUUUUUGUUCUUUCUGGGGUUUACUGCAGUUUACUGGGCUAUGCAAGAUUGUUCUGAUCAGUUUUAUGUGUAGGCAGAAGGAUUAGUUGUAAGAAACUCAGUUGAAGAACAGAUCUAACUAUGCAAUAAAAGAGAAGUGGGACUUCA